GGCGUCCAAGCGGUGCAGUGGAAAGUCCUUGAUAUGACGCCGGUGCAAGUUCCGGCUUGUUUUGUUUACUCUAUCGGUGGAGAUUUAAUGGACGCUCAAUAAAAGCCGAAUCUUAGUUUAUUACUUUUAUCAAGUUUAACAAUGUUAUUUUUUAUAAUACGGUAGUGCUAUAGAUAACGGUGCAACAAUGGAAUCAAUCCAGACAUUCGUCGAUGUGUUUCGAAAAUCAUGGAAAGAGAAAAACCGACAUUCUCUUCGUCAAUUGUUGAGCGAGUUACCUGGCUAUUUGAAAAACAUAUCGUUAACCGAUGCCGAUCAAACUUUGGAAACUCUUGUGCGUGGACAGGAUGGUCUGUUUCAAUGCAUGAGAAAAAUACUGGAUGCGCCAAAACAGUGGCCAGGUAGCGAUAUGUUUCUCAAAGACUCUUUCGAAGCACUCCAACAUAUCAUGGAUUAUUCUCAACAGUAUUACGAGCCGUAUAUUUUAGAAACAAGAAAUCUAUGUUUUUACUGUAUGAAGACCAAAUGCUGGUACUAUUCAAGAAAGACAGCUACUGACACUUUCAAGAAAUUGAUAGAAUCGUACUCGAAUUAUGAUAUGGAAUUAAAUAACAUUGUUGUGUACUUUAUUGAUUCAUAUUUGAGACUUUAUUCCAAGAAAGAUGGCAGCAUAUUUUAUACUAUACUCGGAGCAAUUGGUAAACACUAUCCAAAACUUGAGAGCAUUAAGCAACACAUUAAUGCAAUAUUUAUACAAUUAUUAAAAGAUUUAAUCGGACAGCAUAGUCCAAAUAGCCCAAAACAGCCGGAAGAAAUAAAGAUAUACUUGGACUGUUAUUUGGAUUUAUUUAUAAAUUUUGUACCACUAGAGGAUGACAGUUCAAAAUCAGAGCUAUACCUCAAACAACUUUAUGAUAUGAUUUUGAAGAUAUGUGAACCUGAAAAAGCCCAGAAAUUGUAUAGAAAAAAAGCAAUAGAAUUGCUCAGUUCUAACAUAAAACAUUUUGAAACCUUCAUUUUAAAAGACUAUGAAAAAUGGUACACAUUGUUUGACAUUAUCUUAGAAGAAGUUGAAACCACCACAAUACUAAGUGCUCUGAGAAACUUUUAUAGUGUUAUAGCUGCACAUCUUAUGAAAGAGCACAAUGAAUCUGUAUUCUGGUUUUUCAGGCAUAAAUUUGUACUAACUCUUGACAAUGAUAAGGUUCUAACUCCUCGCAGGCUACAAUUAAUUGUCAAUGGUCUAGGAGAGUUUGCUGUGACAUAUCCAAAAUAUGCACCCACUGAAAGUCAUAGUGCAUUUCAAAUGAUUGCUGUUCGAGCGUUGCACAUAACUGACAAAAUAGAUGACGAUUUUGAGACUACAGCAAACUAUUUACAAACGCUUUCACAAAUCGUGCGUUAUACAUCGAAUCCGACGUUUCAUCAAGUAGGUAUUCUCACGGAACUCAGUGUACGUUUUGUUAAAGGAUUUCCAGAACUUCGAAAAUAUAGCCAAAGUAGAGCAAUGAAAGCUUUGAAUGCUACUUUUGUUAAUGUAAGUUGUUUGGAAAAGCAUCUUCAACGUGAAUUUUUCGAUUCAGUCUUUCGUGAAGGAAUUUUAUGGUCCUGUUCUCACACUCUAUAUGUCGAUGUGCAAUUACAACAGGAAUUUGAGAGUAUUCCGAAAAAGCAGAUUUGCUACAAAGAUUAUUUACCUUUUUGGCUCUCACUCUUCAACAUAAACGUUCAAGAAAAAUCUGCAGAAUUGACUUCGCAGAUGUUUGAUGAUUUCGUUUCAGUUUUGAUGAUGUACAUCACUAAAUCGAAUCUAAAUGUCGUGGCUCAAGAUGAUGAAUCUUUUUCAAAUACUCUGAUGUGUCUAAAAGCUGAAAAUGAAACCGACUUUUGGUUUUUCAUCAAUCUCGUUGAUUUAUACUUAGACGUUUUUGAACAAGUUGAAAGCAGCCUGUUGCAAAAUACGACAGAGAAACUCACGAUAUUUUUCAUAAAUUAUUCUUAUAAAUAUCCACUGAUUUCUGGAUUUUAUAAACUAAUCAAAGUCAUUUUGAAAAAUUCCAACGAUUCCUUCGACGAUCAGCAGUCGUUUAGCAAACCUGCUAAAGAGUUGAUUUCUCAAUACUUGUCCGACAUUUUGAAGUUUAUCUCUGAAUUUUCUGAAGAGUUGCAGUUUUCUUGCAUUUGCCUUAUUUUCAACACACCAUCAUUUUUAAUAAAAAGCUUGAUCGAUGACAUGCUUCCAAUUUUCGAAAUUGCUUUUAACAUUGGACUGAGUAAUCUUCCUUUAGCCUAUUCUGCAUUGAAAACCUUGGAGAAUUGGAUUAACAAUCCGGCUAUUCAACUGUCCAACAGUUUUUUAAAAACCAUUUUAUAUUACAUGGAACCUUAUCUCUCCACUAAUGAAAGCUCGUCGAAAGCGAUUCAAAGUAACGUCAAACUGGACAAAACUCAAGGAAAUGGAAUCUAUGACUCAGAAGUAAGCCUGGAAGAUUUGCAAAAUAAAAUUUUGCUUUUUCAAGGUUCGCUCGAUAUAGCGAUUCUGUUCGACUUUAUCCACGAAAAAUCUACAAACACAAACGCAUCUUGGAAUAAAAAGGAUCUGCUGCAAUGCGAACUGUUAUUCCCCGACAUUCGCUUAGAAAUGCAUAUGGAUAAAUUUCUUACAAGAAUCAUCGAGCUAACGAACAGUGGCGAUCAGAAGAUAAAAGUCUGCGCUUGUGAAUCAUUUCACUCUUUAAUAACGAUCAUUUUAGGGAAAAAACUGAUGAACGAGUGUUUCAACAAGGAUUUGUGCUUCGCCAUACUAAGACUCGGAUGCGAUGCAGACGAUGGUGUAAAAAAUUUGUUUCACCCAUUGGCCUUGCAAUUGACGCAUUACUUAAGCUCGAGUCUGAUGGCAGACUCUAAGAUACCGCAAAUUUUUGUAGAUUCACUGUUCGAAGGUUUGUCCGAAGAGUUUAACACGACCAUGAGAGACCACUGCGGUUUGUAUCUCAAGGAAUUCACACAGUGGUCGAUAAAACAAUCUGCUAAUCACGAUCUCACGAAAGAUCCUAAUGUAUUGAGUGUCAUCCGCAAGAUAAAUACUCUAGCCCUUUAUCCAUCGAACAAGAAACGUUUGGCUGCUGUUUCUGCCUUUAAUAAUUUGUACACAAUUUUGAGGGAAAAUCUCAGUAUUGUACAGACGUACUGGCUGGAGUUUUUGUAUGUAUUUAUCAAGUGCCUGGAAGAAUACGACAACAUACACGUCGUCAGUGCCAUAGAUCACGUUGAAAGAGUUAUAACAUACCAUAAAAAUAUAUUCAAUGCCAAAAAUCGCCACAGAAAAAAACCUCCAGGCUUCGCUGACGAGACGCUCGGAGGUUGUUUGAUUUGGUCAUUUGCUCACUGCGACUCUUUGAAUUCGAAAUGCAGGAAUAAGUGCAUGAGGCUUUUUGAAAAUUUAUUGCCGCUAGUUAACCAUCCCGAGGCUGUAAAGCACGAACUUGAAAAAAAAGCCAGUGAAAUCGUCUCGAAGAAUUUGACGGCUGAUUUCGACAGCAUAUCGGUUCACAACGGACAAGCCUUUUUAAAAAUCUUGGAUUUUCAUUUAUGGAUCAUGAAGAAGAAUUUUAUAUCGUCAACCUGCCUGUUCAAAACUGAUGAAAUAUCGGACGAUGUAGACACAUUCUCGAAUUAUUUUUGUAAAUUUGUAAAAAUAAUUUCCAAUCAAGAUGCGCUGGAUUUAAAUGAGAUAGAUUCAAACAAAUUGGUCGAAGCUGAGGAACUAGUCAAUUUGACGAAUGAAAUUACUCUGAAAAUUCUGGAAUUUAUAUCUACAGUAUUGGAAACUCAACAAAAUCAUGACGCUAUCAUACCAUGGAACAAUGAUUUGCAUCUAUUGAUUGUUCGUUGCAUAUUGAGUCCACAAAGAAUUGGAUUAACAGUUAAAUGCCUGCAAGUGUCAGACAACUAUUACACGAAUCUGAAAAAUUGCUUAACACUGAUGAUGAAUAAAACUUCAACACUAGUUUUGAAAGAAUUUCUCGAGGUUUUUAUGGAGGAAGCCGACAAACAUUUCCCAUACUUUGCUGAAAUACGCGAUAUUGUCGAGUUGGCAGGUGAUAUGAAAGAUCGCACGUAUGCACUAAAAUUGUUUGUAAAAGGUUUAGUCGCUGUAAAAAAGUCUAAAUUCUAUGAUUUCGAGAAAGCGAAAAACUUCACCUCUAAUUACUGGCAGGGCAAAACAGAAGAAAUUUUUAAAUCCUUGAAAGAUAGAAUAAUGGACAGCGAUGUAUGCCAAAAAUUGAAGGAACAAGUCAAAGAUUACUUGAACGAAUUGAUGAGACUUUAUUUUGAAACUUAUGAGUCAGAAAUGGUGAGAGGACUGAUUAAUCUCAUUGCAAUCAACGAUCCUCUGGAGACAGCAACUGGCGUCAGGAUUUCUCACGGCGAAUACUUCUUGGAUACAUUCAGGGAACCAAUACUCUCGUUUAUGUUAAAAGACGCUUCAAAAACGGUGGCCAUACUAGACGACUUUCACGCCCAAUAUCCGCACAUAGUAUUUUGCGUGUUAGAAGAUCUGCUUCUGUUCGCCCAACGCAAUAAAACAAUCGAAUCAGAAGUUUUAGCCGAAGAAGUGUUGAAAAGAUGCGGCCAGUUUAAAAGGCUGGUAAACGAUUUAGAAGACAGGAAUACAAAAUUCUUCAACAUGAACCAUGUAGCCGUUAAAUUAAUGAAGAAACCAACGGAUAUAGUCAAGAACAUCGAGGUGUAUAGGGAUAUGUAUCAUUGGCUGACAUUUGAGUUUACAGGAGCCAAGGAUCUAGAGAAAAAAGCUACGUUGCUGCAGCAUUUUAUCGUAUGCGUCACUGACGAAACGGUGGAUUUGGAUAACAAUUUUUUAUUGUUUACGACUAAUCUUAGAGGAAUGAACGACGAGGAUUGGUUGCAAACUAUGAAAACGAACGAAGUGAAGAGAUUCCACGCGGCCACUUUGUUUGGAGUUUUACUCAAGAGUCUGUUGACCACGAAAUCCUUAUCGGUGUAUCAAAGUGCCAUCGUCUUUUCAGCGGGAGUUUGCAAACUUCUUUACAAAGAGAGUUUGAGGAAGUAUUUGGAUCCUUAUUUUGCUAAAAUAUCGGACGAAUUUGCGCUGAAGUCACUAGAAGUAUGCUAUCAAAUCUUCAUGGAUCUGAGCAUCGACAUACAGAGGCUCGACGUUCUUCAAAGCUUCUUUCUGCCGUCUUUAGAAUCCAACAAGUCCAGCGUGGUUGAGAAAUUUUAUGAAAAAUUUGGCGAAGAAAUGGUCGAGUACGUUAGACAGAAAAUAGACAGUUCUAGCGAUUGCAAUCCAAAGGACAGAAAAAAGCUGAUAGUCACUAAGAUGGCUUGCUACAGCGUAUUUGAACUGUUGUAUGCCAAGUUUGACAUAAAGUUCGCAAAUGUCAAAGUAAAAGAAUCAGAAGAAAAACAGUCGGAAGAAAACUCGUCGGAUGAAGAAAUGCCGGGAGGAAAAACAUCGAAAGUAGAAACGUCGGAAGUAGAAGAAUUUGAAGACAAAACGGAAAAUGAAAAGACACUGAGCUCGAUUCUGGUCGAGGAAAGCGUAAGGCUUCGGUUCUACUCAACGGCAAAGGACGAUGAGAAGGAGAUCACGCGUCUGAUGCACUGCGCAGCUCUGAACUGCUGUAUCUCGGUGAUCAGUUUGAAGAAACAGGAGAAGUUCUAUAAGUUCAUAUUCAUGGAAGAUGUAAAAUGCAGACAACUGCUUUGGGAACGAAUCGUCGACUGCCAAAAAGUUUACAAAGUGCUACCGCCGUCCAGCUCGAGCAUUCGUAAGGAUCGUAGAAAGCUGAUAAACAUCCGCAGCGACUUGGAUAAGCAUCAUUCGGCCUCUCAGGAAUUCGCUGUGUCUUACAUGCACCGACGCGACCUCACCCAGUUAUCCUUCGCCGAGGACAUCCACGCAUACGACCUGAAUGAUGCGGUAGUCUCCUCGCAGCCAUGUAAAAAGUCUGAUGACGACCAUCGACUGGACCUCAGCUUCGAGAACGACGAGUACAACGAGCACGAGUGCAUGCCCAUGAUAUCCGGUGUGCUCAUACACAUAUUCAACACGGGAGUGAUUCCAAUCUCCGAUCUUGAAGGAUCCAAUGCAAUGCUGCCGCUUUUCCUCAAGCAUUUUCGCAACAGCCUCAUCAGCGUCGAACCCAACGUCGUCCUCUUCUUGCUGAAGAUCAUCUGCAACACCAGGGAGGUAUUUCUGCGUAGCAUGAAGCACAUGUUCAUCCCUAUCACUAAGGCUAUUAUUCGUUUCUUAAACACAAACCAUGCCCGCAUCAACUAUAUUAUUAGGGAUAUCCUGCUCAUGAUCAUCGAGUCGAAGUACGUUCCAACGUCGUUUAGUAAACCUAAUGAAGUGGGUGCAGCGCGGUCGUUUAUCCAGAGCUUGUGUAUCAGGGCGGCGGACGAAUAUGCCAGCCUCCAAAAAUACAACCUGGAAAUCAUCGAGAGCUUGUGUAUCUUGUGGUCUGAAUAUUUGACUGAAUGGCCUUUAAGCUUGAACGGUUUAUUGAGAGAUAAUCCAAACGUAGGUUUAAGCAUACUUCUCAUUUUCUUGCGCACAGACGUGUUCGAAGCGCGAAAACAAAUCACGAGCGAAGACUUCCUGAAGGAUGCCAUCAUAAAGAUGUCUCUGGGAACUGUGAGGGAAACCACCGCCGCGAGCGUCGCUACGAUUGAAGCGAGCUUCGAGAUUUUGGGAAUGCUGCUGAGAUUCAGUGACAAUCUGGAGCUCGAGGAACAACUGGUCCCUAGGAUAUUGGCUGCAUUUGGUGCCAACAGCCAGCAUAGCACUGAACGCAGCGCUCGUUAUGCCUGUGCUCUAUAUAUGGGUUGGAAAUCGGAGGGUGAAAAUUGCAUCAAGCUACUCUCUAAGUUCGCCUGCCCUCGAAUGGUGUUGUCUUCAUUUACCGAUGCUUGCCGCUGUCUUGAAGUGUAUCUAGUUCGGCUGGACAGUAGGCAAAUCGACACAGAGAAACUGAUCACCGAACUGGAUACUUUUGUUGGUCUGAAGGCGAUACUCAGCUCGCGCCUUCUGGCAUGUUUGGGCCCAGCUCUUCGCAUCCUGGAACGCCUGGUGGUCUUACUCCCGGAAUCGACUAUUCGAGAGUACUUGGACUAUGUCGCCAAAGGCUACUGCUCACCGGCACUGUGUCUCGCGGAGCACAGACUGCUUGCCUUCAGGUGCCUUGGCGAGGCGUACGCACGGUAUCCGGACAGCCCUUCGGCAGGAUUGUGGUUGGCUCAGCUGGUUCGUGGUUUGGAGGACCCAAGCGACGAGGUUCAGCAUCAGCUGCUGGACUUUUGGCGAAGCCGGCUGCAGUUUCCCGACACUUGCUGCGAUAGACUCCUCAAAGUGCUGUCUAUGUACGCGCCUAAUUUGAAAAACGGUUUCGCGCGUCUGCUUUGUCUCGUAAUGCUCGAGCUGACGAGCAAGAGUCCCGACGUGGACCGGCCGAUGUUCCGUCCGCUGAUCGAGCAGUGCAACUUCAGGGAGUGGAACCCUACGGCAGGAGGGAACGCGAGAAGGAGGUUACAGCAGCUGGGCUCGAUGGUACCGUUGUUCGCGCCGUCACUUCUACAAGCGACGCAGAGACUGGAACACCGAAUGCUGGCCAGCGGUGUUUGUAGUAGCGCGGAAGUAGGCAACAGCUUUCUUGGAAGCUUGAGGAUUCAAGCAACCGGUGAAUUGAUCUUCGAGCCAACUUUACCCGCUGCUUCUCAAAGCGGAGCUUCGCAGACCAGAAUACCUGAUCCUUCUCAAAAUCGGCUGUCGAGGCGCAUAGUCAUCAACUCCCUUACCCCGAAAACGAACGGGGAACGUACCCAAUCUCUCACUCCUGCCGAGUACCAUAAAAAUUACCAUGACCAAUUGAGAAAGGAGAAAGAAUCUCAAUUAAAUAGUUGUAAGCUCUACCGUAAAUACAGAAUCGGCGAUUUUCCGGACGUCGAGCUGACUCACUCGAGCUUCGUCCUGAGUCUUCGACAGCUUAUGAUGCGGGAUUGGCUAUUCUGCAAAGACCUCACAGUGGGCCUCGUCUGCAGUCUGAUCGAUCGACUGAAGGAUAGCGAUAAGUAUGGUACUCUCAUAACUAGCAUCAGCUCGACUUUUGAUAAGGUUGUGGAGACGCAAGAGGAGAGAAACAAUUUUGCCCCUGCGGCUCUGGAGAUCGCUCAAUACGCCGGUGAUAUCGAGCUGAAGUCCAACUCUGUGGGAAGGAUGUGCAAGAACAUGAAACUCGAUGCACUGGGAAUCGUCCUGUUAGAGGAAGAUACUAACCGUGAAAGUAGUAGCGAUCGCAAACAGCGAGAAGACGAGCCUCCGACAAAGAGGUUGAAACGUGAUCUCAAGCAGGGCAAUUGGAUAGAACUGGCCAUUUUGUAUAAAUCAAUUGGCUACUCCGACGUGGUAGACAGUAUAAUCCGUUAUUCUGACUCUUUCUCCGCAGACGUUAAAAUCGGAGCACUGGCUCAGCUAGCCGGUGACUGGGUGACAGGUUGGGAGAGCUGCCAAAAAGCCUACAACACCGUCCUCGACUUGGAGAAGGAUUACUGCUUGGACUCGAUGUUCGAGUGUAUGCGCGAACUAUCCAUGUGGAAAGACAUAAACAAUAAUAUUGAGAUCAUCCUGCAAGGAGACUACAAAACUGUCUGGACGCAUGAGAAAAAGAACCAACUGCUUCCUUGGAUCUUCGAAGCUCAGUUGCAGAUGUCAUUGGAUGACUUUUCGGCGAACAAAAAACUUGAACCAAAGAACGCGGCAUUCAUACAGAACAUAAUCGAGUGGAUACACUUAGGUGACCUAAUCGAGAUCAAGAGCAACUUUGGACAGGAAUUGUCGGUAUUUUUACUGUGCUCGGGACAGAAGAACGAAGAGGCGUCGCGGUUCUGUUUGAAUACGAACCUGAAUAGGGUCAGGGAGGAAUGGAUUCGGCUGAGUCCGAUCGCGGAGAACGCGAGGCUAGGGAUCUUGACUAAACUCCGAGGGAUGCACAAUAUCGAUGCUUACAUUAACACGAUCAAGGCUGAUGACAUCGAGGAGGCAACAAGUGGUUUGAUACAGUACUGGGAUCGACACUUGCCGUCUGAGAAUGACGAUUUUGCAAGUUGGAAUACGCACGUGUCUUACAGGCUCACUUUCUCGAAACUAUUGCACCAAAAGUUACAGAACUCUGACGACAACAGUUUGGCCAAUGAGUUGAUGGUGGGAAGCGUAAAGCAGAAGAUAAACAUCUGCGAAUUGGCAAUAAAAAAUCAGAACAAAGCCAAUGCCAAGAAAUAUUCCAUGAGAAUCGAAAAAUUGAUACAUGACCUCAACGGAAUAUCAGAAUUAGAUCAGAACGACGAAUUCUUUAAGAUACAAUAUGAUUUCAUGCUGACAGCGUCCAGGUAUAAGUACCUUUGCGGUGUGACUGAAAUGCAAGCGAGGAAAAAAUGUCGGUACUACGUCGAGUCAUGGCAGAUCGCAAACGACAUACUGGAAGAUGAAGACGCGUAUGACUCGAUAAAGAUACAGGCUAAAUAUCACUUGUUUGAUCUAACAUCAUCGAUUAGGCAAUUGUCAGAUAACAAUCUAGAAGCUGAAUCUGUGUUCAUGACCGACAACUUUGUGGCGAACAAUGCCCGUACGAUAAAGAUGGACACGUUCUCGGAAUCUAUGUCUUGUUUAAGCCUCGAUUAUCUCAAGAGUGCCUGUGGUUUGGGAAGCAGUAAAGAGAUGGCCGAGAGCUACGCUAAAUUCGGAAAGUACUGCUACAGUCUAAUUCAAGAUGAUCACGUGGCCGUUUGGGAUUACACCAACGAAUUCACCUCUGCGAUAUUGUCCGGCAUGAGUUAUGGUUCUUUGGACUGCGCUCACUAUUUUCCCUGCCUUCUCCAACACAAUUAUUAUGACAAAAAGGAAGAGUUCACUAAAAUUUUUGCUUCAAAGAGUGCGGUCGUUCCGAGCUGGCUCUUCUUAUUCUGGCAAGGACAAAUUGUAACUAGUUUGAAUAAACCUCUCGCUCCAUUGCUCAUUCCCAUAAUGCAAAAACUGGUGCAGGAUUACCCAAAUGCAGUAGUUUACGAUUUUCGACAAAUGUACAUUAGCUUGUCGCCAGAAUUACAAGCCAACCCGGAUAUUCGAAGUAUGUACGAAUCUCUCUUUGCCGGUUCAAAACUGGAGAUUUUCAUUGAAGCAAUGCACCGCGUGUGUCAACCAGAGCAUUACUUGAGUCAAAAUCUAUCACGAUUGAAAGCUUCGAAAGACAACAUUGAGAAAGGAAUUGAAUCUCUGAUCGAACAAGUAUAUGGCGAGCAAACCGAGGAAAAGGGAUUAAUUCAAGGUCCGUUGUACAAGAUAGCUCUUGAAAAAUACCGCUCUCAACUGGAAUCGCUUAAAAAGUUGGAUUCCCAGGCAGCCAAGCACAGCAUAUCCAAGCUGAAAUUGGAAAUUGAGGAAUCAAUGAAAAGAAGAAUAGCUGAGGGCAAGUAUCAAGCUUUGCAGCUCAAGGACUACAGUCCGUACUUAGAUCGUUUUACAGAUAAGGACUUGGAGAUAGAGAUACCAGGUCAGUACUGUGAAUGCAAGAAGCCACUGCCUCGGUAUCAUACGAAGAUCUCGAAAUUCGAUCGAUACGUUAGAGUCAUGAACUCCAAGUGCAAGCCCAUAAAGAUCAAUAUGAUCGGUAACGAUGCGAAGGAUUACGGUUUUCUAGUCAAGUUCGGGGAGGACCUGAGGCAAGACCAAAGAUUACAGCAGAUAUUCAACGUAGCUAACAAGACAUUCGUCUCGGACAGGAUCUGCAAACAGCGAUAUUUAUCGAUAAGCACUUAUCACGUCGUGCCCUUCUCCACUUCUCUGGGACUCAUCGAAUGGGUUGACGGAACCAGAUCAUUGAGAGAGUUCGUCGAGUUCUCUAUGAAGGAUAAAUCAGUCAUUAACAACGUAGCCCACGACUACCGGUGUUGGAUAGAUAAAGCUGCGAAACCAGGCAAAAAUAGCUACAAGGAAGCUCUGAUAAAGUAUGAUAGAAAAACUGUGAUAUCAAAGAUGAAGGAGUUCAUCGAGCACUUCGACUGGGACAGCUUGAGAAAAACGUUUAUGAUGAUAAGCCCGACUUUAGAGUGUUUCGUCUCUCUGCGACACAACUUCACAACGAGUUACGCGACCAUGUGCGUAGUGCACUGGAUCACGGGAGUCGGAGAUCGUCACGCGGAGAACAUGCUGAUAGAAGUCAAGUCUGGCAAGUGUUAUGGAAUCGAUUUUGGAGCUGCCUAUGGAGCAGGUAUCGAUCAAUCGGUUCCGGAGUUGGUCCCGUUCAGACUCACACCGCAGAUCUUAGGUCUAUUCAAACCUUUAGAUGAACGACAUCUCUUAGGGGUGACUAUGACGCACGUACUGAAGGCUCUGCGCAACGAACGUUGUCUAAUUUUAGCUUCCGUCGAUGUGUUCAUUCACGAGCCAUUAAACUGGAGCAAAGUCAGACAUGAAAAGACACAAAAAGAUAGCGAUCGCUCUUCAUAUAUUAAAUGGUCGGCGCAGAAGAAGAUCAAAACCUUGGAGAAGAAAUUAAGUGGCAUAGAUCCGUCGACGAUUAUGCUCGAAGAAUUAUCGAAUAUGCAUUCAUCGAGCGAAUAUUUUUCGAGGUACACGGAUAUCAUUUACGGCACUGAUCAGAACACCUUGUCUUUUAGAUCAACGUUAAAAAACAGAAAAUUAACGUCGGAAGAACAGAUCAAGUGUUUACUGGAACACGCAAAGGACUUGAACGUACUAGGACGCAUGUUCCACGGUUGGGGUCCAUUCUUGUAAGGUGAAAGUGUUGUGAUAUAUAAUUAUACAAAGUUUUAUUAUACAUAAUUGAUUGAGAAAUCUUGUAAUGUUUCAAUUUUUAUUUUAUAAUUUUAUAUUCAAUAAACUAUAGCUACAUUUUUAUAAAAA